AUGAGCAUAAACAUUCACUCUGAUUCUAAAUUUGGUUUAACUAACGCUUUUAGCGUGAUUUCAACAUUAUGGCAUAUACAACAGUCUAUGCUUUCUCGAAUUAAGGAAAGAAGUCUGUUGAGAAUUGUUCUUGAAAAAGAACUUUCAGAAAUAUCUUUAUUUUUGCUGUCAAGUUGGAAUGUUUAA